AUGCAAAUCAAAGAAAGAAAAAUUCACGUAUUCAAUAAGAAAUCCAAACAUUCAGCUGAACCACACUUUUGGCGGUGCAUUAUCUUCAGAACAAAGUUGGAUGGUCUCCUAUCUGGAAUAAGCAGUGUGGACCAGAGUGUGGAAACAAAACCUCCAUCUAACAUUGAUCUGAAGGAAGAGAUGGCCAAGAGAGAAGACAGUGAAAAGAUAGUCAUCAACGUUGGUGGCAUACGGAAUGAAACCUAUAAGAGCACCCUUAAGAGCUUGCCCGGCACCCGGUUGGCCCUCUUAGUGGAAUCUGUCUCAGAUGAUGAUAAUGCAGAGCCAGGUUCAGUCAGCGAGUUUUUCUUUGAUCGAGACCCAGGUAUGUUUACCUACAUAUUAAACUACUACAGGACUGGAAACCUCAAUUUCCCACCCAAGGCUUGUGGAUGCCUGUUUGAGAAGGAGCUGGCCUUCUGGGGGAUCAAGGAGACAGACAUGGAGCCCUGCUGCUGGGUGUCUUACAGUACUCACAGGGACAGAAUUGAAGCCCUCCGCAAACUGGGACCAUCUGAUCCAGAGCAACAGGACAGUCGGAACCUCCUUCUGCUCAGCCCUGAGCGCAGUCAGGCUACAUGCAUGUCAAAGACAUGGGCCCUUUUUGAUGAUCCACACUCAUCCAUGGCUGCAGAGAUCAUUUCUGUCAUAUCCCUCAUCUUCCUUUUGGUCGCCAUCAUCGACACCUGUGCUGAUACACAUCCGUUUUUUGAAGAAUACGAGAACCAUGUGCAUCCGACCACUGACUACAUCCUCGAGAACGACAUAGUGGGAUCCAGUCCAAAACAUCCUUUAUUCGUGGUGGAGGCUGUUUCUAAAUACAGUGUGACCUCUGAUUGCAGUGUGGACCAGGGUGUGGAAACAAAACCUCCAUCUAACAUUGAUCUGAAGGAAGAGAUGGCCAAGAGAGAAGACAGUGAAAAGAUAGUCAUCAACGUUGGUGGCAUACGGAAUGAAACCUAUAAGAGCACCCUUAAGAGCUUGCCCGGCACCCGGUUGGCCCUCUUAGUGGAAUCUGUCUCAGAUGAUGAUAAUGCAGAGCCAGGUUCAGUCAGCGAGUUUUUCUUUGAUCGAGACCCAGGUAUGUUUACCUACAUAUUAAACUACUACAGGACUGGAAACCUCAGUUUCCCACCCAAGGCUUGUGGAUGCCUGUUUGAGAAGGAGCUGGCCUUCUGGGGGAUCAAGGAGACAGACAUGGAGCCCUGCUGCUGGGUGUCUUACAGUACUCACAUGGACAGAAUUGAAGCCCUCCGCAAACUGGGACCAUCUGAUGCAGAGCAACAGGACAGUCGGAACCUCCUCCUGCUCAGCCCUGAGCGCAGUCAGGCUACAUGCAUGUCAAAGACAUGGGCCCUUUUUGAUGAUCCACACUCAUCCAUGGCUGCAGAGAUCAUUUCUGUCAUAUCCCUCAUCUUCCUCCUGGUCGCCAUCAUCAACACCUGUGCUGGUACACAUCCGUUUUUUGAAGAAUACGAGAUCCAUGUGGAUCCGACCACUGCCUACAUCCUAGAGAACGACAUAGUGGGAUCCAGUCCAAAACAUCCUUUAUUCGUGGUGGAGGCUGUUUGCACAGUAUGGUUCACCGUUGAGUUCCUGGUUCGUGUCAUCUGCUGCCCAGACAAGCUGCUCUUCAUCAAGAAUCCGCUUAACACCGUGGACUUUGUGGCCAUCCUUCCUUUCUACAUUGAAGUGAGGCCUGAAGUCCUCUCCUACACCACCAGGAACGCACUGGGAGUGGUGCGAGUUGUGCGGUUUCUGCGUCUCCUGCGGGUUUUCAAGCUGAUGCCAGAUGUUGUGUGUGUACAGGUUCUGGGACACACUCUGCGGGCUAGCCUGGGCUGCUACGUCAUCCUCUCUGCUUCACUGGCAGUGACCUCAUUCAUGUUUGGCUCCUUAAUCUACUAUGCUGAGCACUUUUUCAGAGAUCACAACGUCCAGCAUAUUUCUUUUGGUGCCUGGUGGGCAGUGGUAACCUUGACCACCAUUGGCUACGGUGACAUUUAUCCAGUAGGCUGGCCUGGCAUGAUAGUUGGAGGCCUCUGUGCCGUGACAGGUGUACUGUUCCUUGCCCUACCUGUUCCUGUCUUGGUGAACAACUUCAGAAUAUACCACAAGUUGGUUACAGCUAAACGUAAACUGUCACUGAAGAAGAGGUACCCUGACCUGAGUGUUCCAGAGGCCACAACCUCCAGGAAUUUGGAUCAUGAAUGCCCACUGGUGACUGAAUCAAUCCACUAAGGCGGGACCAAAAUCUUUUCCUGAAACGCAAGACAUGUUACGAUUUUAAACAGUUCAAAAGAUUAUUAUAUUCACAAAUUAUUCAUUGUUUGAAAAUAGAAUGGUGAAGUAUGUUAAAUACUUUAUGAUGUUUAUCCGUUCACAUUGUGUAAUUAAGCGCAGAAUUGAUAUAUUCUCCAAUUCAUAACACAAUAAUAAUUAACCCAACUAAUGUUCUCCCAGCAACGCCAGAAGGACAAGCACGCAAAACCCCCUUCGGCCCCCGCUAAAUUCCGUCAUUGGGUUAGCUGUGGGGUUUUA